GGGACCACAGAGUGGCAGGGGAGACAGUCCAGCUGGGAAGGACGUGCCUGGCUCCAGGGGAGACCGCAGCCCAGGGAGACCCACCACCGCUGGCAGGCUCAGGCUCUCACGUCUUAGCAUUUCCUCCAUCAUGGGCUCCAGGGCACCCGCCCCCCUGCCACUCCUCGUGCGGCGGCGGCUGCUGCUGCUGCUGCUGCUGCUGCUGCUGCCACAGGUCAACCUCAUCAACAGCUCCCAACAAGAAAAUGAUCGUCGGGAGGAGCAAACGGAGGGAGACGGCCACCGGCCUCUACGGCGAUUCAAGAGAAGAUGGGUUGUCACCACCUUGGAACUGGAGGAGGAAGACUCGGGACCCUUUCCCAAGCUUGUUGGGGAGCUGUUCAACAACGUGUCCGACGACAGGUCUCUGGUGUAUUUGAUUAGUGGCCCCGGGGUGGACGAGUAUCCGGAGGUUGGCUUGUUUUCUAUAGAAGACCACGAGAACGGAAGGAUAUACGUCCACCGCCCUGUUGACCGGGAGAGGACACCAGCCUUUAUGAUUCACUUUGAUGUCGCCGACCGCUCGACAGGGAAGAUCAUGGACAGCUCCUUGAUCUUCAAUGUCAGGAUCCGUGAUGUGAACGAUCACGCCCCCCGCUUCCCCGCCGAGGAGUUUAACGUCAGCGUGAGGGAGGACCAUGCAGCAGGUCAACCUGUUUCCCAGUUGUCAGCAGUUGAUUUGGACCAAGAAAACACUCCAAAUUCUCAAGUCCUUUACUUCCUCGUUUCUCAAACACCGGUCCCUAAAGAAAGUGGCUUCAAGAUCGACCGGAACAGCGGAGAAAUACGACUCUUGGGAUGCUUAGAUUAUGAGACCACGCCUCGGUUUACACUGCUCGUCAGAGCGAGGGACUGCGGGGACCCACCCCUGUCGUCCACGGCUACGGUUCACAUCAGCGUUCAGGAUGGCAACAACCACAGGCCCACGUUCACCCAGGAGGAUUACGAGAUUCAGGUCCCUGAAGGCCAAGUCAGCCGGGAUGUGUUACGUCUCCGGGUGCAAGACGGUGACUCGCCAUUCACGUCGGCCUGGAGAGCGGAAUUCAACAUAUCCAGUGGCAAUGAAGAGGGGCACUUUGACAUUGUGACUGACCCUGAAACCAACGAAGGGGUCCUAAAUGUGAUCAAGGCUCUGGAUUACGAAGCCCACCCCUCCCGGAGCCUCCUCGUCCUGGUGGAGAACAAGGAGCCGCUCUUCUCCUGCGAGGGCCGUGAGCCUUGGAGGCUGGGGCCGGUGGCAGCGAGCGCCACAGUGAGCGUGCAGGUGCUGGACACCAACGACCCACCAGCCUUCCACCCUGGGAGCGUCGUGGUCAGCGAGGUUGAGGGCGCCAAGCCAGGAACCCAGCUGGGGAGUUUUAAGGCUACGGACCCAGACAGCAGCGGGGUCAGGUACCACCUGGCUCACGAUCCUGCCGGCUGGGUGGCCGUGGAUGAGCACUCGGGAGCGGUGGUCACCAGGGGGCAGAUUGACCGAGAGUCCCCCUAUGUGAAUGACAGCCUCUACACCGUCAUGGUGCAUGCCAUUGAUGACGGCCGCCCGCCGCAGACAGGCACGGGGACCCUGCUGCUCUUCCUGUCCGACAUCAACGACAACGCCCCGACCCUCCGCCCGAGCUCUCAGUACCUGGAGGUCUGCACGUCCUCCCGGACCGCGCCCCUCCUCAUCGAGGCGGAGGAUGGGGACCUGGAGCCCUACGCGGACCCCUUCACGUUUGAGCUGGACGCGACCUCGGGAAAUGCGGGAGGCGCGUGGAAACUGGGGGAAAGCCAGGGUCGGUCGGCUGAACUCUUGAUGCUGGAAAGCCUCCCCCCUGGGGACUACUUAGUGCCGCUUUUCAUCGGAGACCGGCAGGGACUGUCCCAGAAGCAGACCGUCCACGUGCGGGUCUGUCCCUGCCCUGGCGGGUCCACGUGUGUGGCGGAGGCAUCGCACGCAGGGCCGGGGCUCCUCCUGGGUGUCCUGACCCCUCUCUGUGUGGUGUUGCUGGCUCUGGCAGUUGCUCUGUUUUUCUUGCUGCGGCGUGGUUUUGGGGCUGGAGCCAAGAGGCACGGAUACUCGGUCCCUUAUGGGGAAGGCCAGCAGACCCUGAUCAGGUACAAUGAGGAGAGCAGAGCCCUGGCAGCCCCGGCUGCGGGGCACAGUGCACCGCCGUCGACAGUGACACAGCGGCUCCUGGGCCUGGGCGUGCUGGCGGAAGGAUCCGGGUCCGUGCCCCACAUCUACGCGGAGGAGGGGGAGUGCGAGCGGGCAGAGACCCUGAGCUCCCUCGCCGUCUCGGAGCAGACUCUGCCCCCGGGGCCGCUGGACUGGCUCAUCUCUGAGGCCUGAAGAGGGAAGCAGCAAAAACCCUCACAGCCCUGGAGGGUGUGCGUGCGGCUCCGUCACCCAUUGCCCAGGGCUCCGGGCCCCGAGAGAGAAGAACCGGCUCCAGAGGUGACCCGCCAACGGCCGAGCAGCUGUGCCUGCCACGUGGAAUGAUCCCGAGCAGAGUCUAGGACAUUUUCUGGGUGAUUCACGAAAACAGUAAUGUUUUCAGAGGUGUGGGUUUUGAGUCUGCUGUGACGGCAGGGACCCAAUAGGUGGCCUUUACACCUUCCUGGAUCUGGGGCAGGACA